GAUGAAUUGACUCCGCUUCACUGUGCAGCUAGAAAUGGACACGUUCGCAUCAUUGAGAUCCUGCUGGAACACGGUGCGCCCAUCCAAGCUAAAACCAAGAAUGGUCUGUCCCCCAUCCACAUGGCAGCUCAGGGGGAUCACAUGGAUUGCGUUAGACAGCUACUCCAAUACAACGCCGAGAUCGACGACAUCACGCUGGACCAUUUAACCCCUCUUCAUGUAGCGGCCCACUGUGGUCACCAUCGCAUGGCCAAAGUUCUUCUGGACAAGGGGGCCAAAGCCAAUGCUCGAGCUCUGAAUGGAUUCACACCACUCCAUAUUGCAUGCAAGAAGAACCAUAUGCGCUCAAUGGAUUUGCUGCUCAAACACUCUGCUUCCCUCGAAGCCGUCACGGAGUCUGGCCUCACUCCUCUCCAUGUAGCAGCUUUCAUGGGUCACCUGAACAUAGUGAAGAACCUGCUCCAGAGAGGGGCUUCACCUAAUGCUUCCAAUGUGAAGGUGGAGACCCCCCUCCACAUGGCCUCCAGAGCAGGACACUGUGAAGUUGCCCAGUUUUUGUUGCAGAACUCAGCACAAGUGGAUGCUAGGGCGAAGGACGACCAAACUCCCCUUCACUGUGCGGCUCGAAUGGGACACAAGGAGCUGGUCAAGCUGCUUCUUGAACACAAGGCCAACCCUGACUCGUCCACCACGGCAGGGCACACUCCCUUGCACAUCGCCGCACGGGAAGGACACAUCCACACCAUUCGCAUUUUGUUGGACGCUGGAGCACAGCAGACCAAAAUGACUAAGAAAGGCUUCACCCCCCUCCACGUGGCCUCUAAAUACGGAAAAGUAGACGUAGCGGAGCUCCUUCUCGAGAGAGGUGCCAAUCCCAAUGCGGCCGGCAAGAAUGGUCUGACAGCCCUGCAUGUGGCAGUUCACCACAACAACCUAGAUGUUGUUAAACUCCUGGUCAGCAAAGGAGGAUCCGCACAUAGCAACGCUCGGAAUGGUUACACCCCUCUCCAUAUAGCAGCCAAACAGAACCAGAUGGAAGUAGCCAGUUGCCUGCUGCAGAACGGGGCAUCGCCCAAUGCCGAGUCCCUCCAAGGCAUCACGCCCCUGCACUUGGCCUCACAAGAGGGACGGCCCGACAUUGUGGCUCUACUCAUCUCCAAGCAAGCGAACGUAAAUCUAGGAAACAAGAAUGGAUUGACCCCUCUCCAUCUGGUGGCGCAAGAGGGCCACGUGGGCAUUGCCGACACGCUAGUCAAACAAGGAGCGUCUGUUUAUGCUGCUUCGCGGAUGGGCUACACACCCCUUCACGUGGCCUGUCACUAUGGUAACAUCAAAAUGGUCAAGUUCCUGCUGCAGCAGCAGGCGCAUGUUAAUAGCAAAACACGGGUAAAUUCGACCGACGUUUGACUUCUGCUUCAGUCAUCGU